AUGAAGCACGAAAAUAAUGAUGACAAAGAGACUCAGGACUCUAUAAACCAGCAACAAGAUCAGAACGUGGAUUAUAAAAGUAUAAUAAUUCCUGAUAAUGUUUGGGUCGCCUGGCCAAAUUAUUCUUCUAUGGAUCCUAAUUCAAAUUUAUUCGCCCUCAAUCAGAACUAUAUUCCUAGCUCAGAAAAAGAGUCCCAAGCGGCUGCUGGAAGUCAAGGAGGCAAGAAAAAGCGGGGGAGAAGGCCAUUGCGUCCUUUUGAUCCAAUUAAGAAAAAGACUGACUCCCCCCCCUUUAAAUUGGAACAAAAUAUAGGUAGAAUUUCCACUUUUUUGGUAAAUUAAACCCCCCUUUAAAUUGGAACAAAAUUUAAUUUUAUAAUAAAAAAUUUUAUAUAUAUAAAUCAUAAUUUUUAUGUAAAAGUUUUGAUAUAAUUUAAAUGUUUUUCUUCUUAACUAAAAUUAAAAAUUUAGUUUUAUCCUGCUCUUAUUUAUAGAAUAGAGUAUAAAGAGCAUUUUAUUUAAAAAAUUUAUUAUCCUUAAUUGUAAAUUUUUUAAACAAUUUAAUUUUUUUUUUUAAAAUAUUUUCGAAAAAAAUUUUAUUUUUUUUGAUAAAAUGAUAUUUUUUAUUUAAAUAGCUUUGAUAUAAAUUCAAUAAAAUUCUUUACAAAAAUUCAAAAUUUACUUAUCUCUUGCUUUAUUUCAAAGAAUAGAGUAUAAAUAACAUCUUAUUUAAACAAAAUUAGCACUUUGAUUAAUAAAUUUUCUAAAAUUUUUUUUUUUUAAUUUUUUUUUAUCAAUAAAAAAUAAUAAUUUUUGUGUAAAUAGUUUUGAUGCCAAUUAAUAGUGGCGUAUUAAUUAAUAAUAAAAUUUUAGUUAUAUCUUGCUUUAUUUUAAAGGAUAAAGAGUAAAUAGCAUUUUAUUAAACAAAUUAUUAAUCUAAUUCGAUAAAUUUUUGAAAUUUUUUUUUUCUUUUAAAUUUUAUAUAAAUUUUUUUUUUAUAAAAAUUUUAUAAUGAUUUUUUUUUUAAAAAAAAUUUUCUUAACCCCCCUUUAAAUUGGAACAAAAUUUUUAGUUCCAAUUUAAAGGGGGGGGGAGUGAGGAAAAAGAUAAGUACUGACUUCGAUCAUUUAGAAGCUAUAUGAAAUUUAAUUAUCCAAAUAUUGAAUCUACAUUGACUGACGAAGAAAAAGAUUUUUGGCUUGACCAUUUAGGAGGAAAUGGAAAGCCUGAUAAGGGAAAUCGAUUUUUAUCAUAUGGGAAAAAGUAUAAGGACUAUCUUUUUUCUCAUCAAACUUUUGUUGAGCAAUUUCAGAGCUGGUUCAGCAACUAUGGUCAAUGUGAGCUAGUAAAAAAAUGUAAGCCUGAAACUGAUCUGUGGUUCGUAUACUAUGAUUAUGCGUCAAAAGAGCUUUAUAAUUACACUCCACAAAAGGAAAAAAUACCAGAGCAACAGUUAAGUGAAGUAGAAAAUAUUGAGAAGACCCAAGAGCAAAUUCUGGAAGAAAUGAUGCGGUUUUAUAUGUCGAUGGGAUGGGCAUAUGCAAAUUUUCCAUUAGAAAACCAAAAUAAAAAAAUGUUGUAA